AACCAGGCUUCUAAUCUCCGCCUAUCACUUCCUCUCAAGCCCUAGUUUCCUCCUCCUCUGAGAUUUGCUUCAACCCAAAAACCCCGAAAAGGCUUAAGCUUUUUACCUCAGCCAAAAUGGGUAUUUCUCGUGAUUCAAUGCACAAGAGGCGUGCCACCGGUGGCAAGAAGAAGGCAUGGAGGAAGAAGAGAAAGUAUGAGCUUGGAAGGCAACCUGCAAACACAAAGUUGUCAAGCAACAAGACAGUCAGGAGGAUUAGGGUUCGUGGUGGGAAUGUGAAGUGGCGUGCUCUGAGGCUCGACACCGGAAACUACUCAUGGGGGAGUGAGGCUGUGACCCGCAAGACCAGAAUUUUGGAUGUGGUGUACAAUGCAUCCAACAAUGAGCUGGUCCGUACUCAAACUUUGGUGAAGAGUGCUAUUGUUCAAGUUGAUGCUGCUCCAUUCAAGCAGUGGUAUCUCCAGCACUAUGGUGUUGACAUUGGUCGCAAGAAGAAAACAGCAGGAGCAGCAGCCAAGAAAGAAGGAGAGGAAGGUGAAACAGCUACUGAGGAGGUGAAGAAGAGCAGCCAUGUCUUGAGGAAGCUGGAGAAGCGUCAGCAGAAUCGCAAGCUUGACUCACAUAUUGAGGAGCAAUUUGGUAGUGGUCGUUUGUUGGCUUGUAUCUCUUCACGGCCUGGUCAGUGCGGCCGUGCUGAUGGGUAUAUCUUGGAAGGCAAAGAGCUGGAGUUCUACAUGAAGAAGAUCCAGAGAAAGAAGGGGAAGGGAGCUGCCUAAAAAUUUUGUUACUUGAGAUUUCAUCUCUCAGAUCAGAAUGUCCUUUUUUGCCUUUCUUUAACCUUUUCAGGUGUUUGACAUUUAAGAUUGUGUUAGUAUUGAACCUUUAGUUUGAAUGUCCACUAGUUGGUUGUGCCUUAUUCAACAGUAUUAUUAUAUACCUUUGGUUGCAUGUUAUUUUUGUACUUGAAGUUAGAUGAUCUUGGAAGUUUAUAAAUGCAGCCUGUUUUUUUUUUUUCUGACGAAA